AUGCUUUGGUCUGACCUCUUCGGUUCCGAAGGUGUGGGGGAAUGUUGGGCCAUGUGUGGAGCGGUGUUGACUGCUGCACCCGCUGACCUCUACACAUCCAUUGAUGCAGAAGACGUGAAGAGCGGGAUCGGUUCCACUCGGGAAAUCGGCAAGUCCGGACUGGUGGAGAAAGCAAACGUGGGUGUCGAGGCGCCAGGCGUGGAUGACGUCGCAGGACCACUUCCAUCCCAGUGUAGUCGGAAGGUAUGGUUGAAGGAGGAGAACGACCGAGAGAGAGAGGAGGUGGGCGCGGUUUUCACGGGUUCCGCCGCGGAACUCGUCUGGGCCGGAUUUUGCUGCGUCAUGCCGUUGUCCUCGCUUGCUCGGCCGCACGCGAAGACGUGA